UUUCUUUUCGCGCUAAAAGUGGGAGCCCUGUGGAUUGGCACAGUAAACAAAAAGAGGGGAAUCUAAGGUGGAAAAUCAAUGGAAAUUCACUUCUUAGGAACAGGAUCGGCUUAUCCAACGCCUCACAGAGGCGCAAGCUGUGUGAUACUUUGGUAUAAUGGAUCGUGUUGGAUGUUUGACUGCGGCGAGGGCACACAAACUCAACUCACAAAAAGUGUCAUCAAGUCAUCGAAAAUCACCAAGAUUUUCAUAUCUCAUCUACACGGAGACCACGUCUUUGGAUUACCGGGUCUCCUGUGUACUAUAGGACUCACAGCACCUGAUGAGAACAAGCAUGUCGAUAUAUAUGGACCUGUUGGCUUGAGGAAAUAUCUAAGAACUUCGUUAGAUCUAUGUCAGUCCAUUCUUGGCUAUUCUUAUGCAAUUCAUGAGAUUCAUACUGCAGACUCCACCUCAAGUCAAGUGACAGCUGAGGUGGAUUUGUUACACCCUGAUGAAAAUAUGGGGAGAGAGAUCCAUGAAAACCCUUCAGGUGUAUGGGAAAUAUGCAAGGAUGGUGAUCUACAAGUUUUUGCAGCUCCAUUAAAACACAGAGUUACAUGCUUUGGUUAUGUUGUCGAAGAGAAGGACCAGCCUGGGGCGCUUGAUGCUGCCCUACUGAAAAGCAAGGGGGUACCACCAGGGCCGCUCUAUGCUAAGAUAAAAAAUGGGGAAUCAGUUACCACAUCUGAUGGUGUUGUGGUUGACCCCAAGGAUGUGCUGGGGCCAUCAAGACCAGGCCGUAAGGUGGUCAUUCUAGGAGAUACUUGUGAUUCUUCUGCAAUUGAAAACCUUGCUUAUAAAGCAGACUGUGUCAUCCAUGAAGCAACUCUUGAAGAUGAGUUGAAAGAAAAAGCUAUUGAGAAUGGGCACUCAACCCCAGGAAUGGCUGGAGCUUUUGCCAAGACAAUACAAGCCAAGCAACUGGUCUUAACCCACUUUAGUCAAAGAUACAAGGAUAGUGACUCUGUGGCAAAACAUGUCCAGCAGGCAACGCAUGCAUUUAGCUGUGAUAGAGUCCUGGCAGCUAGUGAUUUUUCCAAAGUUGUCAUACCAUUACAAAAGUAGGAGGCAAUAUAUCAUAGUGGAAAUCUAGUGCUUGAAAUAAAAUUAAAAUAUUUACUAAACCCAAUUUACAUAUAUUAUUUAUACAAGUUUAGUUCAAAGUAACACAGGCAUUCUACUACAUUCUACAGUUACUUUUAAUAUCAUAAAUACAUAUAUACUGUAGCUACAGUUAAAAUGAAUAAACCAGGUAUUUUAUAAUAAUAGAUGAUGAUUAAGAUAUGACUCAAACCAGCUUUGUGUUUGUUGAAAUUUUAUCACAACAUCUUGUGAAAAAUGUUUGCUUUUUUUAAUUUGCCUUACUUUUACCUCAGGGCCAUAGUCAUAUGAUCUGCACCAACCACAUGCCUAGGUCAUGAUUCAGAAAGUUAUUUAUAAUAAUCUUGUCACAACUUUUCAGUGAGUGAGAGGGUUUUGCCUCAAUGACAGUCUGUUUCUUGCUCUGGCCCUACACAUGUUUCUUUAGCUUUGGCCUUCGUAUACAUGAAUUUUCUUACAGCUCAAAAACUUGCAGAAUAAUACUAGUAACCAUCUUGUACAAUAGUUAAAAAAUUUCUUCAGGAGACACAGGAACUUGAGGAGGGAUUAGAGAUUGACACUAAGGAUGACUGCACAGGAGACUACUCAGGACUUCACUACGUCAGGAUUCAAUACGAUGCCCUGGUCCUAUCUUGAUAUCCAUGCUAGGAGCUGAGCCUGUCUUACAAACACUCUUCAAGGAACAUUAUCAACUCAGGUCAUGAGUCAGCAUCACGCCCUGGUUCUAUCUUGAUUCCCAUGCUAUGGGCUGAGCCCAUCACAGUCUUACAAACACUCUUCAAGGGAACAUUUCUAAAUGCCUUGUCCUGGUGCUUGAUUUUUGCAAUCUCAUAAAUCUGCUUCAGCGAUACUGUGCCUGCAACUUCACGUCC